GUUGUCGUUCCUUGGCAUAAGCGAUCUUUCUCAAACUGGUGCAAAAAAGAAGGCUAAUGAGAAGGAGAAGUGGACAUGUCAGAACUGCAAGUUUCUGAAUGUUUGUCAUGCCAGUGAAUGCAUCAUCUGUGGCUGUGGUGCUGAUCCGGGCAACAAGCUGUCCUUAGUACCCCGGGAAAUUCUCAGUCCAGUUGCUGACGAAAAUGGCCCCACUUCUCGGCAAGCAUUAUCGAGGGUCUUCGCCAAGGCAAACAUGAGCUCAAACAGUCUAGUCUCCAAAGCGGUGAAGCUCAGUUGGAAGUGUAAACAGUGCCGGCACUAUAACUCGGCACAUAGCUCAACAUGCUCAUCAUGCAUCAAGCUGAUCGGUAGUAGUGGCAGUAGUAGCAGCAGCGGUCUGACUGUAGGUUACAGUAUUCCAGUAGAGAAUGCCAUUACACCUGUGGAGGAAGUGGAAGGAUCAUUGAUGGUGGAAAACAGUCUUUAUUUUCUUGGAAAUAAUGCUUCUGCAUUAACUUCCCCUGACACAGAAUGUAACCGUUCACCAAAGAGGCAAAUUUCUUGUACUUAUGGUCAGUUGCGAUCUAAGUUGAGCAAAUCAGAAGAUAAACCAGUGUAUGUGUCAGUGUCAUCAAGGGUUUCAGAAAGAACAAACAGUUCGAACUUUGAUAGUUUGGUUGUAAAACUUGAUGCUAACAAAAAUUACAGUGUUCACUGUAGUAAUGAUAAUGAGGAGGUAGAGACGUGGGUGUGUAAAAGGUGCACGCUUAAAAAUCCUAUUGACUUUGAAUAUUGUGAAGUGUGUGAUGCUCCUCGAAAACCAAACAUACCAACUACUCUGCCAAAGAAAACUAAAAACAUUCUUGGUAUUUCAGGUAAUGAUAUAGAAAAUGGUAAUGGUGAAACUGUUACUAGUCAAAAAUCAUGUAUUAAGCACCACACUAGAAAAACUUGUCUUCGUAAAUCUGCAAGUGAUGCAACAGAUUUAAACAUUGCUGAAUCUCUUGUCAAGUUUGUUGCCAGUAGACUCUCUUCACCAUCAGAAUCAAAUAUGUCAGGCCCAGCAAAAGUUGUGCAGGAAUCUAAGCCAGAGAAUAUGAUAGCAGUUUCACCACCCAUGGUGGACCUCACACGUGCUGCAAGUCAGGAAGAAUAUACUCUGGCUGAAUCUGAUAUGUGGUCGUGUAGCUUUUGCUCUUUUGCUUACAAUCCUUCAUGGUCAGAAACUUGUGACAUGUGUAGUAGUACUAAGGAACGAGAAAAGAGUCCAAAAACGCAAGAAGUGUUAAAUCAAGGUCUGGAUGAGGACUUUCAGUUGCUAACAACAGAUCUUGCAGAAGAAGGUAACUCACCAGAUCAAAGUUGGACAUGUAUUAAGUGUACAUUAGUAAAUCCUGGUGUGGAAAAUGCAUGUAAGGUGUGUGGGGGUUCUAGACUAAAGAGUAUCUGCUAUGUUGAUGAUGCUACAUUGAAGCGAGGAGAGUUCUGGACAUGUGUAGUGUGUACUUUAAAGAAUCCCAUUUUUGCUAGACGUUGCAAGGCAUGUAAAGCCAAGGUUGACGCACGUGGUACAAGAGAUAAACUCAGUUCAAAUAAUGAAUCUAAACUAAAGGAUUCAAGACCAAAAUCUGAACAUAUCAACAGCCCAAGCUGGAGUAUUGGUGCUCAAAAAUCCCCAAGUUUGCAGAGAAUGAGUCUAAUGGACACUUCGGCUGCUGAUGGUGGUAGGACAGUUCCCCAAAUAGAUAAUCAAAAUGGCGCUCAGUGCAACGACACAUCUCGGGGAAAUGGAGCCAUACCUAAGUCAAAUACAGUUGCAGGCUGCCAGAUUUCAACUGUGCCCCAACCUUCCAGGUCACCAUCAUCCAUGCCAAGUUCUCCUGUGGCUCGACCUAAAGAAGUGCUCACCUCUGCAUCGUCUACCUCCUCUUGGAACUGUAGUGCCUGUACUUUCAAUAACAGUGCCAGUGCUGUGUCAUGUUCUAUGUGUGGCUCUUCGCCAACUUUAGGAGAUGUUGAGAUUAGUUGGCCGGGUGACCGAACUUACAGAGGGCACUCUGAGUUGAUGGAUGUACUUAGGGAAAUGGAGGUGCAAGAUGCACUCAAUAGGUGGACAAGAAUUGUUCAGUACUGCAAAGUGAACCAACAUCCAUUUGUAGAUGAUUCCUUUCCUCCUGUGCCGAAGUCUCUAUUCUACAGCUCCUCUGAGAAGAAUGAGUCCCGUGUAACACAGUGGCUACGUCCUCAUGAAAUUGUCACCGAUUCAGAUAACCGAAACAUUAAGUGGGCAGUCUUCAGAACUCCUCUUCCAUCUGAUAUUUCACAAGGUGUUUUGGGUAACUGUUGGCUGCUGAGUGCAUUGGCAGUAUUGGCUGAGAGGGAUGAUCUUGUUAAGAAGAUCAUGGUUACUCGAGAAUUUUGCCCAGAGGGUGUCUAUCAGGUGCGUCUGUGUAAGGCAGGACGUUGGGUUACUGUGUUAGUGGAUGACCUCCUUCCCUGUGACCGUCAUUGUCGCCUGGUAUAUUCCCAAGCCAAGCGACGUCAGCUGUGGGUACCUCUCAUUGAGAAAGCUGUAGCUAAAGUUCAUGGGUGUUAUGAGGCUCUGGUGUCUGGCCGUGCUAUAGAGGGACUGGCCACGCUCACUGGAGCACCGUGUGAGAGCCUUCCAUUACAGUUUGUGACAGACACGAAUCACAUGUUUCCCACCAUCCAGGCCUCCUCUUCUCCACACGAGGAUGAUAUAGAUGAGGAUUUAAUAUGGGCACAGCUACUGAGCUCCCGUUCAGCUGGCUUCCUUAUGGGAGCAUCAUGUGGGGGAGGCAAUAUGAAGGUGGUGGAUGAAGAAUACAAGUCUCAGGGCUUGAGACCAAGACAUGCUUACUCAGUAUUAGAUGUUCAAGAUAUUGGUGGGUUUCGGUUACUAAGGCUUCGCAACCCAUGGGGUCACUAUUCAUGGCGUGGGGACUGGUGUGAUGAGUCUCCCGUAUGGACCGCUGAGCUCCGUGAGAAACUCAUGCCCCAGGGUGGCAGUGAUGGCGUCUUUUGGAUCUCUUUCCAGGAUGUCCUCAAGUAUUUUGACUGUAUCGAUAUCUGCAAAGUUCACAACAAUUGGUCAGAAGUUCGUGUCACUGGCUCUUUGCCUUCACUGGCUGACCGCCGAGCUCUCACACCAACACUCAUAACAGUUCUUGAACCUACUGAAGUGGAGUUCACUUUGUUUCAGGAGGGGCACAGAAACUCUGAAAACUCACAAAGAUCUCCAUUAGAUUUGUGUGUGGUAUUGUUUCGCACUACGACCACUGCAACUCCUACAGUUGGAGCUCUGGUGAAGCAUUCCAAACGGCAAGUGCGGGGCUUUGUCGGCUGCCAUGCCAUGCUUGAACCUGGGGCAUAUAUUGCUGUAUGCUUAGCAUUUAACCACUGGCAUACGGGGUUAGAUGUCUCUGAUGGCUACCCUGGGUAUGUGCUUGCAAUUCACAGCAGCAAACGAGUAGCAGUGGAACAGAUCACUGCACCAGCCUCCCUCUUAGCUGAUUCUCUAAUCAAUCUAUGCCUAGCAAAGGGACAGCGCCACGAAGGACGGCAAGGGAUGACUGUUUAUUACCUAACCAAGGGGUGGGCAGGGCUCGUGGUGAUGGUGGAGAACCGUCAUCCUGAUAAGUGCAUCCAGGUGAUGUGUGACUGCCGGGAGAGCUACAAUGUGGUUUCCACUCGCGCUCAGCUAAAGACCGUGGAUUCUGUUCCUCCUCUUCACAGGUAGAUGGGAUUACACCUCUGAGUGAAGCUCUCAGUAUAUUUUACUGGGAAAUAAUUAAAUUAUUGUAUAGGUAAUCAAUACAUUACGAGUAUUGUAGCGUCUUUCUUUAGGGUUCUUAUA